UUUCAUUCUUUUAAGAUAUAAGUACAAGAGCUCUAAGGCGGCUUCCUUAGACGAAAUGGAAUUUUUUAAUCAGUAUCUGACUAUAGUUUGUAUAUUAUAUUUUGGAACCAGGAGCCAGACACCAGGAGUCAGUGCCGCGUGUGAAAGAUCUUUUGUUUUGCAACACGGCUCCGUGUCAGUACGAUCAAGGAAUAUUAUUCGAUUCAGGUGCACUCGGGGCUACAUCCUGCAGGGAAUUUUUGUGGGCGUCUGUGAUCGAAAUGGUCGUAUACAAGGAGAACGACCAUUUUGUGCCAAGGCUGGAUGCUCACAAUUGGAAAAACCGGAAAACGGGGAACUUCUAUCUUAUGACGGCCUGAGAGCCACGAUCGCGUGCAAGGAUGGAUAUGUUCUGGUAGGGAAUCGUAUGACCUACUGCGACGGAAAUUCAUGGAACACUCAGCUCGGUGAGUGUUUAACGAGUAACCACACCAAGGAUCACUCAUGCGACUUUGAGAGCGAGGAUCAGUGCGGUUGGCAGGCGGAGGUGGGCUUUCGGCAACCAUGGAAGCGCAUCAGUACAGUGCACGAUUACCACUCCCUACGAACUGGUCCCCAUCAUGAUCACACCUUCCGUAACGCCUCCGGCGGACACUACAUGCGAAUGGAAACACAAACUGGCGCCCACGGGAGCUACCACUUCAUAUCGCCGGUAUAUCCCCGAGCCCUCAGCUUAAAAACAGCCUGCUGUUUUCGGUUCCACUACUUCAUGUACGGAACCGGAGUUGGCAGUCUGGUGGUCUCCGUCAAGCCAGUGAAUAUCUCUGUCACAGACAUGUGGAGCAAAUUCAAGGCCAAAUAUUCGAGGUUCGAUAUUUCUGGCUCCCAGGGUAGAGAGUGGAUAGAGCACACAAUCUCCAUUGAUGAAAUGGAAUCGGACUUUGUGGUUAUCUUCACUGCCACGGAUGCCGUAUCUCGGUUCGGAGACAUUGCCAUCGAUGAUGUUAAGUUGAUGACGGGCCAGGAAUGUGGAGUAGGUGACUUCACUACCACAACGGAGCCGCCGGCACCAGUGUCGGCCAUUAGUGAACAGCCGGUGGUAUAUGACAUGAUGAACUGCACCAAACGGUGCGGCCAGGUGAUGUUACCUGGCAUGGAUCACAUUGGACCGGAUGGCAACUACAUCAAAGGAUGUGGCUGCAGUGAGGAGUGUCUACAAUUUGAAAAUUGUUGUCCCGAUUAUUUAGAACUAUGUGUUUUGAUCGAUACGACUAUGGUAGCUAUAGAACCAACUACAACAUCAACUUCAACAACAACGACAACGACAACCACAACACUAAAACCCACAACUACAACUAGAAAAACAACAACAACAACCACAAAAAGGACUACAACACCAACUACUACGACAACAACUACAACAACACCAAAACCCACAACAACAACAAAAACCACAACAACGACAAAAAGAACCACAACUUCUACUUCUACAACAAAACUAGUGCCAAGUACAACAACAGUGAGAACAACAACUUCAACAACGCCCACACCAAGAAAACAAAACACACCAACAACUAUAAAAACAACAACGACAACAGAUAAAACAACAACAAUGAAAAUAAAUGCCACAACAACCACACCAGUAAAAAUUACUAUCCCAAAUAAUCGAAUAACCUGGAAAGUAGAUCCCGAUGACAUUGCUGGGCAUAUGGAUGUGAAGGAAAACAUACCCAAUCCCGCAUUAGUAAUGCUCUUCCUACUGAUCGGCGUUGUUCUGGUGGUGGUUCUCAUAAAUCUUAUAAAGCGUUGGACUAACCCAAUCAGAGGGCAUCAAAACGAGAAGGCGGUUAGUUUUAAGAAGGUAUUCGAUAAGAUAAGAAAACCAACAUCAUUGGUCGGACAACGUCAAAGAAAUUCUCUGCAAGAACCACUAUACAGUUCUGCUAAUGAGGACUCUGAGGAUGAUACACGAUUAGACGAAAUGGGUGUAGAUAUUCGUAAUGUCUCCGAACUAUAAGUUCCUUUAUACAAGUUUUAAAUCUACUUGGAUUCUCUCUUAAAUUCAAGAAGAUUGGAGAAACUUAAAGAUAAGCAUUAAGGUUUUAGGGUAUGAUAGCCUU